UUCAAUUCUCAUUUUGGGCGAUGUCAGUCUCUCUCUCGCCUUGAGCGAUACUUCACGACCAAACACGAGAUAAAAAAUGGCGAUGUGUCGGUGGUGUAUAAGGACGAAGAGCGGAAAAGUCGUGAAUAUCUUAAACAGAUCAGACUCUUCCAUCAGCCACAGAUGUCUGCAUAAUUCGUUUAAUGCAUUUCAACAAAGUACAGGAAGACUUGAGGCAGAUGCUCUAAUAAACAUAAGCCAUCAACAGAACUUUGAAGCUGACUAUGCCUCUUCACACAUUCCCACUUCAACUUUUCAAAAAAUAGCACUGUUCUUUGGUUCAUCUGCUGUUGCCCUCAUGGAUCCUUCAAGGGGUGACAUGAUUGCUACUUUGGGUGAAACAGGAGGGGAGGGACCAAUUAAGUAUAUGCAACAGAAGAUGCUACAGAGUGGUGAAGGAAAACAAAUCUUAAUGGAAAAGCCUCGAAUUAAUUCUGGAACUGUUGAUCUUCAAAAGUUGAGGGAACUACCAGAAGGAAGUCUGGGAAGAAUCUACACUGACUUCCUUGACAAGAAUAAAGUUGGUCCUGACUCUCGUUUAAUGGUUCAAUUCAUUGAUGAUGUGGAAUUGGCAUAUGUUAUUCAGAGGUACCGAGAGGUGCACGAUCUAGUUCAUGCAAUCCUAGGAAUGCCAACAAACAUGCUUGGUGAAGUGACAGUAAAGUGGAUAGAAGCAAUACAAAACAAAUUACCUAUGUGUGUGGGGGGAGCUGUUUUCGGAGCAAUACGCCUUGCCCCAAAGCAAAGGAAGAAGUAUGUGCAAUAUUACUUACCUUGGGCAAUUAAAACAGGUUUGACAAGUGAAUUUUUGCUGAACAUAUAUUUUGAGAAACGUUGGGAACAGCAAGUCUCUGAUCUUCUUAAUGAGGUACAUAUAACACCAUUAAAAAUACCAAAGACGUGAACACUAAUGGAAACAUAAAAGUUCUGUUGAUAAUUAAAGAAUAUCAGUUAAUUGCUGUAAGGUUGCUCUCUGGUAUUCAAGAAGACACAUGUCAAGAGUGUAGACAAGGUUGUUUGUAGUGCUCAAUGCAGAAAAUAUUUAUUGUGAUGAAAUCCAAUGAGCUACACAGUUGUAGAAAUAUUUAUACAAAGUUUAUCCACUUUCAACAGGUCUUUCAAAUUAUUCAUAUGAAAUAAAUAAUAAAAAAUCACAGUGGCAGUGCACAUUUUUGUAUCCACAAGAAAAUAUAUUGUUUUUACAGCACAA